AUGGGCACAGUAACCUUUUCCAAGAGAGUCGAUAUGCUGAGCAGCCAGAUCAAGGAGUUUGAAGCGGAUGCUUCGAAGGAAAAGGAGGCUGAGCUGGCUGCCAUGUUCCGAAUCUGCGAUCGACUGAUUGAGUGUGGACAGCAACCUUCAAGAUUGCUAAGACGGUAUAGCGAGCUGAAAAACAAGUACAGAUGCAUUGUAAAUCCCUACAGAGAGCUGGACGACGAAAUAUCCGCAUGCAAAAUGCAUAUGGAGGCGUCAAGUCGAAAAAACUCGAUUGACGAGGUGGCUAGGAGUGUUCAGGAAGUUGUUGCAAUCUCAAACUACAUAAACUAUGCAAUAAACGAUGCCAGAUUCUCUAUCGACAACGUUAUGGAGCAUCUCGAAGAGGGUGAGCAGUAUGGCAUGAUGGCUAAUGAGGAGCUUCAGAUUAUUAGAAGGAGAAAGCUUUGGAGGGCCAAGAUCAUUAGGUCAGUGCUGCUCCUAGUAACUGUCAUAGCUGCAACACUCAUACUCGUUAAACUUGUCUUCUGA